GUCCAAACAAUAGAGAGCUACAAUAUUUUAAAAUUUCACCGCAAAAUGAUUAAGUGUUUCUGUUUUUUCAUCGUUGUUCUUCAAAGUUUAAUAUUUGUGUCAGGAUUCAAAUGUGAAUUUGAAAAAAGUACAGUCUUAGAGCAUCAAUAUAUUUGCAGGACAUUGCCAGCUUCAAGUGAAAUUAUUGAAACACAUCUUCUUGAGAAAACUGAUAAUGACGUCAAUAAUGUCGUAUUUAAUGGAACUGUUCAUGCCAAAUCUCAUUUUGCUGCUUCAGACUUUCAGUUUAAUGAGAGAUUUCCAAAUUUGAGCAGCAUUUAUGUUUAUGGUGUAUCAACAAUUGAUGAAAAUGCAUUCCAAAAGUAUGAACAUUUAGAUGAAAUUUGGAUCACUGACACUGACAUUGAAGAUCUACCAGAAAAGUUAUUUUCUUCAUGCACAAAGCUGACUGCAAUAUUAAUAACUGAUAAUAAAAUCAAGACAUUGCCUGAAAAUAUAUUUGUAAAUAAUCAAGAAUUGACUUACUUAAGAUUAGAUAAUAAUCAGAUUAAUUAUUUGCCGCCAAAUAUUUUUAAGUCAUUAAUCAACCUAGAAAUGCUGUUUCUGGAGGAAAAUAAUCUACAAACCUUACAUCCAGCAUUAUUCGAAUCUUUAGGAAAAUUAACAUCAAUUAAUCUCUACAGCAAUAAAAUCACAGACUUGCCAAAAAAUAUUUUCAGCUCAUUAGAAAAUAAGAAGCAAAUCUACCUUGGCGAUAAUCAGCUGACAACAAUCCAUUCUGAUUCAUUUGGGAACAUUGAAAGAAAAACUGAAAUUCGAUUCAACAACAACAAAAUCAUUGCAAUAGAUGAAAAACUCAUAGAUGACACAGAUAUCAGCAUGAUUGAUAUGACAAACAAUAUUUGCAGUCAAGAAUUGAUUGAAAUUCGAAUUCAAAUUAAAGAAAAAUUAAGAAAAUGUUUUGAUAAUUAUAAGCCACGGGAAGUUUUAAAACUCUUUUGGACACAUUCAAAAAUUAUCAUGGAUUAGCUUCAAUGACAACAAAAUCAACGCAAUUGAUGCAAAAAUAAUCAAGAAUACUUCAGCUGAUCGAUUUGAAAUGAAUGCUAAUGUUUGCGCUGUAGAAUUUAUUAAUUUAAAGAAAAAUUCAGCUAAAUUGAAUAAAUGUUUUGAGAAUUAUCAGCCACGUGAGGGAUAAAGUAUAAAUUGUCAAU